CGCAGUGAGUGAACGUGUAGUUGUAUCUCUGCGGAGCCGCAAACUUUACACGAGCUGUGAUAAAAUAAAAUCCAGUCUUUUAUUACUGCUCUGAAAUAAUAAUCUUGAGUCGCGUUAUAAAUCUUAUUUAAACGUCGAGUGCUAAAUCCUUGGUAUCUUCACAAUAAUAAUCUUUUAUUAUUUGUUUACAUACUUUUCGGAAAACUUGUAAAUCUCAUUGAAAGUGACAAUUUAAGUGGACAAGCGAAUCUUGUUUUAGUGGCAUUAUUGUAACUGUGGAAUAGUUGUUGUGGAUUAAAGACACGUUCUUGGAGAGCAAUUUCAGUGUGUUUACUUUGGCGUGCAGCGUUUGAGAAGGAUAUACUUAACACCGUGUGAUGUCCGAGUGACGAACUCAAUAUGAUUCGUGAUCCGCCGGCCAUGCACAAAACCGACAACACCAACAGUCAACAAGAAGAUAAAUAUGCGCUUAGCGGCGGUGUCGCCAACCCUGGCAGCACGCGGCUCUGCGCGCAGUGUGGGAAAGUCAUCACGGAGCGGUUCCUGCUCAAGGCGAUGGAACGCUUCUGGCACGAAGACUGUCUUAAAUGCGGAUGCUGCGACUGCCGGCUAGGAGAAGUUGGCUCCAAGUUGUAUUACAAAGCAGACCUAAUGCUUUGUAAAAGAGACUAUCUUAGGUUAUUUGGCGCAACGGGCAACUGUGUGGCGUGCAACAAAGUCAUUCCCGCCUUCGAAAUGGUGAUGCGAGCGAAGAGUUUUGUUUACCACUUGGAAUGCUUUGCUUGUCAACAGUGCAAUCACAGGUUCUGUGUGGGCGACAGAUUCUAUCUCUGCGACAACAAGAUACUUUGCGAGUAUGAUUACGAGGAGAGGCUGGUUUUUGCCAGCAUGGCAGCCAACCCCAGUGGCCUAGCGCACAUCAGACGACAAGUUAGUGGAUUACAGUCGCCGAGCAGUGGUUAUGUGGGUGGAGCGAGUGGCUGUGUGGCCGCGGGACCCGUGGGACCUCUAGUAGACAAAGACAAUGGUGGAUGCGCCGGCGCAGACGACGCGUCUAGCGGCUACGGCAGCCCACCCGACCCAGAUGUGUGCGAUGCUGCGCGAUGACCGAUGAUGCCUCGCCGACUACAUGCCUCGGUGAAACCUCACUGAGCCAUGGCGGAACGGUACAAAGGUUAAAGCUGUUUGCGUAUCGGAUAACCCCCAACAAGAGAACAUUAUUCAACAUCAAUAAAUCACCUAGACAUAACUGCGUAUUCUUCAAGUUUGACAUCCCUUUCUAUACGACACCAGAAAGUUCCACUUUAUAUAUUUUUUUUUAAUAUCUAAAAGUGUAAAAACAAUUUGAUCAGUGCGAUUUUAAUAAAUGAAAGGUGAAAAUUUUCAAAGACUAUUAAAACGUUAAGCGAUUACAAAAUGAGUUUAUGCAAAACCGACUAAGUGCAGUAGGUAUUACAUCUAAGUGUUUCGAAGACACUUUAAAAGCGCCGCAGGAGUACAUUAGGCUAGAAGGCGCGCCAUGGAUGAGGCCACUUUACAAAAUGUCCGGGAUGAGUCGCGAUAACGUUGUCAGAACACGAUAUUUCCAUUAUGUAUACGAUUUGAGUCUACAUGUUAAGAUAGCGCCGCGUCGCGUCGCCUGGAUAAGGACGCUAACCUUCUCGCCUCGCGCUGGCACUUUGUAUCAUACAACUUACGUCUCGCGCUUAGCCAGUUUAGCCGCCUCGACUAUAUUUACCUAAUCUGCAAUCAUUGAGUAAUAAUGUCUUAUGCACUAGAGCAGUCAUCAUUCAAGACUGACGAAAUCUUUGGUCACUUGCAUAGAAAAAUGCGUGUAUUCGAAUUUAUUAAGGCAAAGCCAAACGAAGCGUUAGAUACUUGCAAAAACACUUGUAACUUGCAGCCUAGUGAACAACAAAGCGCAACAAUGAGCUUCGCGAUGUCACUUCAUAUCUAGUACGUAAAACAAUAUUACUCAUAGACUACAAUAGUUAGAAACUUCGAAUUAUGUACCUAAAUAAGUAUUUCAUAAUUUAGUUAAUUUUCACAUUGUAAUAAUAGCACGUGUACAUUAAAAAUUUCAUACAACGAGUCAGGUCUAUAGCUGGAAAUAUUAUUUGAUAGAAUCGAUCUCAUUGUUAUAAAAUUGUUUGUACUUUAGUGUACCUAAAUAUUGUUAUCAUACAAGGUAUGAACUUUGUGGAUAUUUUUUAUUAUUUUUUUUCCAUUUUAUAAAUUGGUUAAAUAAGUACCUAUGUUAAUGUUAUUUUGUACCAAAGAUAGAUAUCUUUUCGUUCGGAGGUUUUUCUUAUUAGUCUUCACAGAUACUUGUAUAGAUUAUUUAGUGAUACCAUUUUUUGGUACUUUAAAGUGGUGCAAUGGUUGAUAGUUAAGUACCUCUGUAUUAAUAAAUUUAUAUUAAGAUAUUUUGUAAAUUGUAUUUUUUCUUACUUUGCCAUAGCUUCGGUGUAUGUUGAUUGUUGAUCGCAUAUACCUACCAAUUUGUGAAAUUAAUAUUACGUGGUUCCUGAUGUUUGGCUACGUUGUUUAAAUAAUAAUAUGUGGGAGAUAAUUCAAAGGUUUAGCUAUAUGCUUAAUGUUUUUAAUAUUAAAUAAACAUUUUGUAAAAUAUAAAUUACGAUUAAAAGAUGUAUUUAUGUAUAAAUUCGAACUGUCGUUAAUUAGAAUUAUUUUCUAGGAUAGAAUG